AUGUGCUCUAAAUUUGGUAGCUCGUUUCAGAGUGCUACCGCAUGGAAAAAAUUACCACCCACAUUCACCGCCCGCAUAGACGAUCGUCCCCGUCGCUUAUUUCCGCCAAAUUUUUAUGCAAUUAUCCUCAUGCCUUACACGCCUCCUAGCCGAUCAUCCAAGCUCGACUCAGGCCGGGGAGCGUUCCAGAACCUCCUACACAACCGCUCAAAUAAUCCAUCUUCCAACAGACAGACUCCUAGCCUGAAGCCGCCAAGUUCCAGUCUUCCUUUGCCUCCCCAGGAUGUGAUCAAGUUUACAACCGAGUCUCCCCAAUCGUACUCGUAUACACUAUUGGCCCCUAAUUCGCUGGCUUUGAAACUGAGCGUGCUCAAGAGAUCAUUGGAAAUCCUUCUGGAUCGUCCAGAACUGUUUCCAGCCAUAUCAUCUGAGUCAUCCGACUAUUUCACACAAAUCAGCCAAACAUACACCCCGCAACGCAAAACAUCAACGAUGGCUCUCAUGGAUAACGUCAUGCGCAUGGAGAGACGGGUCUCACAAGCUCCAGCAUCGCCGUUUAUGGAUGGACAGAAUACAACAUCCACAGUCGACAAUGAGCUGCGCAAAGACUUACAGGAAAUCAUCAACAUCCUGGAGUCCAAAUCCACGUCGGAUGACUCCAGCAUGGACAAAGUGAUGGGGUUGCAGAAACUCAUCCUGGACUCGAAGGAAGGCGCGAAAAGCAAGUCUUUACGUAAAAGUCUGCUUUACGCUCUUGCCACUCCGUUCACAGAUAAUUCCACACCUGCAGCUAACCCGUAUUUAUUAGGCAGUCUUCCCGUCAACCUUCCUACACCAGGAUCCAGCCCUUCGGUUAUGGGACUAGUCGCUUUGGGACAAGCUGCCUCCAAUAACCGUCAGUUCCAUCUUACCACAGGCGGGAAGUCGGCUUCGCCAAAAGCAUACUUCACAUGCGAACUCGACCCGCCGUGGAACCUCAAAAACGCCAAUGAUUUAGCGUGUCUUGUGUUUGGUAUCUCAAAGGCCUCUUUGUCCUCGCUCAGCCUUCUCGACCUCAUCGCUCCUCGUGCACGUGACCUGGUUCUAGAUAGGCUGUGCAAUGGCAAGGAGCUGGUCUUUGCCGGAGAAAUCAUCGCCAUCAAGCGGAACAAUAUGGACAUCGCUUGGACCUCUCUUUGGGCCAAGCGCAAAGACAACCUGAUCAUUUUGAUCUUCGAACAGGUCCCAUGCGAUCAGCUCGAUGUUGUUAUCGAAAAUAGGACAGGAGGCUACUAUAUCAAAUCAUCCGCUAAGAGCAAGACAUCCUUAUUCAGCGACUCUCAGGAUCUAAUAGAAUGUCCUUUAACAGAUAUCUUACCGACUAUGAGCCAGGAGCUCGAGAAAUCAUCCGAGAAUUCCAGCUACCUACAUUCUGCUACCAUCAAUAAAAGCAGGUAUUAUACAUUGAAACUCCGCGAAGACAAACCCGUUCCAUGUGCAGUCACUUCGGAGUCUCUGGACGAGGGUUCGAUGAGACUCAAUUUGCAUGCUUUGCCUUACAUCUCAGGAGCAUUCGUGGUUUCAUCUAAAACGUUGCAAAUUAUUUCAUUUAACCAUGCCAUUGCAAAUAACUUAUUUGGCAAAUCUGAUUUCAAGAACAAGUCUGUUGGCCAGAUUCUCCCCCUGUUCCCUAAAUUAGUGGAACUAGCUAUCGAAGAGAAUCCAAACAUCAUGUACCAACAGGGACUUGUCUUGCCUGAGCAUUAUUUCCGUAAGCUGGAGGCUAAAUGCCGUGCAUCCACGGAAGAUGAGCAGGAAGCAUUGUUUGUUAGUUCCACAGGUAUUGAUGCCUUGCAUAGAGAUGGAACUUUGAUAAAAGUCGAUGUCCAGCUGCGUGUGAUGGAAUACGAAAACUACAUGUUAUGGAUCACCUAUUCAAGAGCAGGGUCUCGGAAGAGAACCGCAAGCGAGUCUCUGAAACUCAACUCGAGUAUGGAAGACCUACAGUUGGACAGCGACAGCGAAGAGGAGAACAUGCCUUCUCAGAUGAGUCUUCUACCAGAAGUUGAGAGUGAUCUAUAUUCGUGCGGCGGCUCGUCGGAGGGACCCAGCCGCAGCGGCAGCAUGAAGACCGCAGCUACCGCGGACACUGUCGGGUCGUCUGGAUUGAAGCUGACGGGGCUCAAGAAGAUCAGUGCCACGUCAGAUUCCUCAAUCUCGGCCACAAGCAAGUCCGUUUCGAACGGGUCGCAAAAGACGUCAGAGACAGAAGUUGACGACCAGGUUCAACAUACCGCUGAGCAAUUGGGCGAGUUCAGACUUGACAACAUGUGCAGCGAAAAGGUUUUGCUGGAAAGAGAGAACCAGCAGAUUGCACAAAUAAGGAAAGAGAGCAAGUACUUCCCGCAAAAAGUGGGGCUUGCAAGACGAGAGAAGAAGUUUACCGAUUUCACAGUCAUUAAAAAUCUCGGACAGGGCGCAUACGGAAAGGUGGUGGUGGCACAACGCAAUGGUGACCCUGCCUACAAGCUUGUGAUAAAAGCUAUAUUCAAAGAGAGAAUCUUGGUCGAUACAUGGGUCAGAGACAGAAGCCUGGGAACGAUUCCAUCGGAAAUCCAGAUCAUGAAUUAUCUGAACGUUGACCCACACCCAAACCUGAUGCGAAUUGUCGAUUUCUUCGAAGAUGACCGGUGCUACUACGUGGAGACCCCUCAGCAUGGAAACCCGCCUGCUGUUGAUCUGUUUGAUCUGAUCGAAAUCAAGUCGGACAUGACCGAGUUGGAGUGCAGAUACAUCUUUUUCCAAUGCUGUUCUGCCAUGGCACAUCUCCAUUCACACGGCGUGGUCCACCGAGACAUCAAGGACGAAAACAUCAUUGUUGAUAACAAUUACGUUGUCAAAUUAAUCGACUAUGGAUCUGCUGCAUAUGCCCGGAACGGACCGUUUGGGGUGUUUGUUGGCACGAUCGACUAUGCUGCGCCCGAAGUGCUGAAUGGAAAGCCGUACGAGGGGAAGCCACAAGACGUCUGGGCAAUGGGUGUGCUCCUGUACACGCUGGUGUUCAAAGAGAACCCGUUCUGCAACGUGGACGAAAUUAUGGACGGAGGCUUCAACUUCCCAGCAUUCCACAGAGUUAGCGAAUCGUGUGUGGACCUGAUUUGCAAGAUUCUAGUCAAGCCGGUCAACGAUAGACCAACAAUGGACGAGAUCCUCAAACAUCCAUGGCUUUCUGGAUUUAAUUAA